UUAUUAGCCCCAUUGCCCCAAUUUACUAGUUAAACAAAAUUCAAAAUAAAAGUAGAAAUUCUCAGCCCAACUCUCCCUCACUGCCGCCGCCCGAACCGCCCCGCCCCUCCUCCUCCGGCAGUACUCACACCACGGCACGUCGGCAGCAGCGCUGAAAACCUGCUGCAGUCCGCCAGCUGCACUGCCUCUCGGGCCUCAGCGCCUCCGCCCGGCCUUCCCAGCAGCAGCCAGCAAGUAAUUCAUUCCUUCAAGGCUUUGAUUAAAAAACAUGAAGACAUAGAAGAUUGUUGUCCUGAACAAUACAUGCUUAGACGGGAAAUCUAUGCAGCUGAUUUCUUUGCUUUAAUAUAUAUAGAUUUAUUCUCGGAGUAGGGUCAACAUUACUCUCGUUCUAUCUGUUCGGGUCAAAGUAAUUUGUCUACGGUUCUUCCAGAAGCAGAAUGGAGAUUGAUUAUUGGAACAAGCUUGUACUUGCCCCGAUGGUCCGAGUUAUGAGCUUUAUAUUAAACCUUAGGGCACGAUGCCAUUCAGGAUGCUGGCUGCUGAAUAUGGUGCUCACAUCACAUAUGGCGAGGAGAUAAUUGACCACAAAAUCCUUAAAUGCGAGCGACGAGUCAAUGAUGUGCUUGGGACUAUUGAUUUGGUUGAGAAAGGAACAGAGAGUGUAGUUUUCAGAACAUGUCCUGAAGAAAAAAAUCGGGUGGUGUUCCAGAUGGGAACUUCAGAUCCUGUGAGAGCUCUUCGUGCUGCCCAAACUGUGUGCACGGAUGUUGCUGCGGUGGAUAUAAAUAUGGGUUGCCCCAAGGCCUUCUCUAUUAGUGGUGGAAUGGGUGCCGCACUCUUGAGCAAACCAGAUCUCAUUCAUGAUAUUUUAACAACAUUGAAAAGAAAUCUUGAUACACCAGUAACAUGCAAGAUUCGUCUAUUGAAAUCACUCCAAGAUACUGUAGAACUAGCACGAAGAAUUGAGAAAACUGGAGUUUCUGCUUUAGCUGUCCAUGGAAGGAAAGUUGCUGAUAGGCCAAGAGAUCCAGCUAAGUGGAAUGAAAUUGCUGAUGUUGUAGCUGCUGUCUCUAUUCCAGUUAUAGCAAAUGGUGAUGUAUUUGAGUAUGAAGAUUUUGAACGCAUUAAAGUGGCAACAGGUGCUUCAUCUGUGAUGGUUGCUAGAGGCGCACUUUGGAAUGCCUCCAUUUUUUCUUCUAAAGGAAAAUUACCCUGGGAAGACGUUAAAAGAGAGUAUCUUAGGAAGAGCAUCUUGUGGGAUAAUGAUGUCAAGAGCACUAAAUACACCUUGAAGGAAAUGAUCGUGCACUAUUCGUGUCUUGAACUCCCUGAAGGAAAGGCUAUAAAUAAGUCUGAGACCUUGGCGGAUCUGGCACGAUUAUAUGAGGAGGAUAUGUACUACAAGCAUGUUCUUAAAAGUCGGUCAUCCUUUUGAAGAAGUAGAUAACAUUAUUUGAUUGUCAAGGAGACGACAGGUUCGCCUAAAUUUAUGGUGCAACUUUUUUGGAGCAUAUAAGAGCAUUUUGGUUUAGAAAAUUGUGCAGAGAUUGUGUUGUUGUAUUUCCAUUUUCACUAAAUUUACAGGUCAUUUUUUGUUUUCACGAACAUCAUAAUUAUGAGUAGCCAAAGGUUAACUUUCAGGGGAAAAGAAUAUAUUUGAUGGAUUUACGUUGCUACUGCACACCAGGAAACAAGGAAUGUAUUUUUUGAACAAGUUUAUAUUUAAAGUGCGAUGUUACUUUAUUUA